UUCCUACAUAGUAGAUACAACAAUAAUUAUUAUACCUAGUUUACAUUCAGCCCACUUCCGUGGCAGUGAGCAGGGAAGUGAACAUGAAAAUGGGCUGCGCGGGUAUGUAAACACGUCACUCGCGCUGAUCAUGCUCCUCGCACUAACGCUGCCCGACGCUCCCGUCAAGAGGCGGUAAACUGAACAGCGCGAGCAGCAACAUAACCGGCAAUGGGAUCAAUCCGGUCAAUUGCUGCUCGCGCUGCUAUAAUUAGCAGGGCAAUGUAAACACUCACUGCCGUCGACGCUGUCACAGAAGUAUUUUGAGAAGUAAAUACGGCAGCGCGAGUAGCAAUGGCAGCUGCUGAAUGUAAAUUAGGUAUUAGAUACAAUUUGUUAUCACAAAUAAUCAAUUAAUAUGAUAUUAUUAUAAAAUGAGUUUUGAGCUAUAACUAUUUAAAGUUUUGACCGGAGGAGUAGGGAAGCUUCUAACCCCUCCGUUUAAACCUUAAACGGUUAUAACUUAUAACUAGUGUAAACAAUAAAUUUGAUAUUAGUGUCAUGCAUGUCAAAACGUAUAGAAAAAUAUACCUACUCUAAUCGAAUGUAGAUUGGUACUUAUAUUAAAGGGUGGUCCCCCAAGCCGUCCUUGGAUGUCGAUUCAAACCAUAUACCGUAUGAACCAUAUAUCUAUGGUUCACCAGUUAUGCCAUAGUUCACACAGGCAAAAAAAAAAAAGUAGGUAAACAAUCCUUGCCUUCGUGAUCUAUCUUAUAUUUUCAUGCAUCUGUCAUUUUCUAUGGUCCCUACGGUUAAUUCUUGUUAUCACAUUGAUAGUUAGAAAUUGAUAAUAAUUAGCAACUUAAACCAAUGAAGUAAUUGAUAUACCUAUGUAUAUAAGUAACUGGUAUUUAAUUUAUGUUUACUUUUUAUUUUACCGGUUUAAUAUAUUAACAUUUUGAAUUUUACGUUUCAAUAAUUAUGAAUCGAUUAAAUGUACGAUCACGGUGUUAUAUUGAAUGCAUUGUACCAGUUUGUGAAAAUAAAAUGAACCUAAAACCUAAUUUAAGCUUCUUUUGUUUCCCUAAAGAUCCAAUAAGGUAAGGAAAAAUGAAACUGAUUUCAAUUAUUGCCUUUUCCUAAAACAGGUAUAAAACUAUUACAACAUGUCAAUAAUAUUACUAGUUUUGUUUUUAUUACCAACAAUUAUAAUAGCAUAUUAUUAAUUUAUAAUAUGAGGACACUAGUUUCAAAGUGUACAAUCUCCAUGUUCACCAAAUUUUCAGAAAACCAAAAAAAACGAAUAACUUAAUCAAAAAAUGUUUUUUCUCCAUGCUGAUUUUUUUGAACUUUUCAUAUAUUGAAAUGUAAAGAUAAUUUACCAGUUUUAUACUUAAAAAAACAAGAUUUUGUUUUUAAGAUUUUCACAAGAAUAAUGUUAAUAAUUAUUAAUCAUUAAUUUUAAUAUUUAAAAGGUAUUAAUAAUAAACGUUAAAAAUAAAAUAUUGUUAAGAUAAAUAAAUAAGUAAAUUUAUUAUACUGGAAAAUUGAUUUCAUCUUCUAUUACAUAACAUAAUAUGUCUUCCUCGACAUCUGGUAUUGCAUUUCCCUCUAUGACAUAUUUGUCAAAAAUUAAACCAUGAUCAUUUUUCCACUCAUUUCCAUAAUGAGCAGUUAGUAAGUUAUUUAUAUCAGUUUUCUUAUUAGUGUUAAGAACAUUCCUCAUUGGAAUUUUGGUGGGAUUCAUUUUACUAAUGUUUCUUGCUUUUUUUGUAAUUGGUUUUCCCAAUAUUCAAAUUGUAUACGCCUUCCCCGUGGAUUAACACUACACCUUUUGAGUUUUUUGUGAUAAUCAUUUUUUUCAUUUUGGAAAAAGCAAAGUGCACUGUCCUGAAGGCCUAACGAACUUGCAUGUUUCAGUUUUCCAGUCAUAAAUUUCAACAUCCUUUACAACUUUCAGGACAGUUUCAUAUUUUGAAAAAAUAUCUAAAUAUUCUUGAGGUUUCAAAAUUAUUUCUUUCUUUUUGCACUCCACUUCGAUGUGACCAAAGACACGAUCAGGAGGAAUAAAAGAGUAUCCUCUUACUGAGUAUACAACUUCAAUUUUUGAAAUUACAUUUUGUUUGGCGAGCCACUUGCAACACAUUGAAAUUAAUGUGGUGUUUUUGUUCUGGCCCGAGCAACCAUCACACAUAAGCUUAUUAGUAUGAAUACCAGUAAAAUCUGACGAUUCCAAAACUUGAUGAAUACAGAAAGCAAUCUCAUUUGAACCUUUAUCGUAUUAAUUUUGAGUCCAACAGAAAGAGGUGACUGUAUUGGGAUUUAAUUUGCUUUUAGAAGCGCUUCUCACAACAGUAAACCUAUGAUAAGUAUAUUUAAUAAUAUUAAAUAUAAAUUAAAUUAAUUAUAAUUUAUAAUAUUAUUAUACUUGUCAAAAGAGAUUGUACUUUUUGAAACUAAAUGUAAUUUUCAAUCUUAAAAAUACAUUGGGGAUUAACCAUUUUGUUCGAUAAUAGUGAGUUGUUCGAAUUCAGUGCUAACAAUUGAAUAUUAAACAACAUCUCUCUCAAUUUUUAUGAAACAUGGAGAUUGUAUACUUUUAAACUAGUGCACUCAUAUAUCUAAUAAUAAUUUAUAUAUCUACAAAUAAAUAUAUUGUUACCUAGGUACCUAUGUUUGAAUCAUUGAUUGACAUAGGUACAUUGACUGUAAACUACAGUAUGCAGAUCGUGCAUUGGUUUAAUGUAAACUAAACAUAUUGUAAAACCUAAAUGCAUUUAUCAAUAUAAUAAUUAAUUUAGAUCUUCUAUAUGGAUUGAAAAGUGUGGACUUGACAAAAAUAUUGAUGUUUCCAAAAGACGUUAUCGAGUUUGUGCAAGACAUUUUGAGAAUCAUAUGUUUUUAAAUGACUUAAAAAACAGGCUUCAACCACAUGCUAUACCUACACUGUUUAUUGGUAUGAAUAUUAGAUUUAAUUUUGAAAGGAAAUUUAUUGUCUGUAUAAGGACAGACUAUUUAAUUUUUUUUUAAAUAUAAUAUAAAAUACUAAUAUUUUACAAUUCUUUAUGAGCAGAUUUGAUAUCCAACUCACUCCCAUCAACCUGUAUAGACAAUGUAAAAAAUGAUCUCGAUAAUAAGUACAUUUUUAUUUUCUUUUACAUUUGGCAUUUUAAUAACUUUCUUAAAAUAUUAUUUUACAUUUUCCAGAAAAUCUAAUUUUUUAGAGCAUAAUAUACAAGAUAAACAUUUUGGAGAAAAUAUCAAUAAUUUUUUUCCUAAUACAAUCAAAAAGUAAGAUUCUAGGUAUUUAUUUUAAUUUUAUGUUUUGUUUAUUCAUAUACCUACAUAUUCAUAAUAUUAAACUUUUGUUAAUUUUGAUAAGAAUAAGAUAUUAAUAAAUCUAUUUUGAAUCCUGAUGAUUUUUUUUUUUCAAAUAUUUAGCGCCCGAUUACCUCAUUAUUAUAACACUAAAAAUUACUUUAAAUAAUACAAAAUGUAUAAGUAAUUGUUCUAUAUUAAAAAAAAAUAUAUAUAUAUAUAUAAGAUAAAACUAUAUAGUUACAAUUAAUUUUGAAUAAUUUAUAAUUUAAUAAAAUUAAUUUUCUUUUGAUUUUAAUAAUUCAAUUAGAUAUUUAAUUUUUAGGAAAUCUUAUGAACCUGUUUGCUUUGUUCCAAACUGUAAAGCGCCAAAAGAUUUACCACUUUAUAAAUUUCCAUUACACAAUAAACAAUUAUUAUAUAUAUGGUUAAAAAGAAUUGGACUGAGUACUUUAUAUGAUAUGGAUUUAUACUUACAUAUAACUAUAUGUCAAAUACAUUUUCAUAAAGACUGUUUUGAUGAUAAAACUAUACAAUUAAAACCCAAUGCAAUUCCAUCUUUACAUUUGAUUGGUAAGAAUUUGUUACUAAAUCAGUUCAUAUAUAUUUUUUUUUGUUUUUUAACUUAUUCUGGGCCUUGUAGGUACAUCAACAAUCUUACUACUCCUCUCCAUAUCUCCUUGCCCUUAGCUAGUUGUUCUGCAUCUCUUAUUCCCAGGAGUUUGAGUGAGAUCUUCCCUAACUAGGUUAAUCCACCACUGUCUUGAAUUGUUUCUUGUCCAGUUUCCAUAUUGUGAUCUUAUGCACUGUUUGGCCCUCCUCUUUCCAUUCGUUAUACUUCACUAUUAUAUUAGUUAUUAUAAAUACUUAUAAUUAUUCAAUGGAAAAUAAAAUAUCCAUUAGUUGCAUUAUGACUUGAAUUACUAUUAUAACGGUUAUUAACCAUGGUUGAUUUAAUGGAAAUGUAAAUUGAUAUCAUUUUUUACAUAUCCAUUUAAAAGUUGAAAUGAAAAUGAAAUUAUACAAUACUAUAAUUUUAUUUUCAUUGGAUUAUUAGAUUUAUUGAAUCUAUUCAGGACGUUCUCAGAAAAAAGUUUCGGGAGGUGUUUUUGAAAAUCAGAACAAUAAUUGAACAUUAAAAUGGAAGUAAAUAAUCAUAUAAAAAAACCAAACAUUCGGCAGGUGUUUAAACACCCAAAUCAACCCUUUGCGUACAUACCUGGAUCUAAUUUUUUUUAUCUAGAUCUAGGUAGGUAAUAUUCAAUUAUAUUUGAAUUAUUACUAUAUUUUGUUUGAUGGAAUUUGACAGGAUGUUUUACAUUCCAGUUAUCUUGUAUGCUAUCUACUAAUGAUUAUACUAUGUCUUAUGCUUUCUUGCAUGAUAGUAUUUAAAAUUUAUUGACCCUGUCUACAUGCUAUACCUUCUCAAUAUAAUCUGUGAUUCUCAUUUGAUACGGGAAGUUUUUAUUUUAGAUUUGGAGUAUACAGAAUUUUAUUUAGUUGGUGCAUUAGAGAGAUUGUUUUUUUCGAUUUUCUUAGGAAAGAAGAGAGCUUUUCUUAAAGAACUUUUUUGUUACAUUUUUAAUCUAAUUGGUGAUUAAGAAAGUUGUUUUAAAAUUUUAUUUUGCUUUUAUCACAUUUUAUGUUUAACUGUAACUUGUAAUUUAUUGGCACAAUGACAGGACCAUGUAUAAAUACUUUAAGUAUAUGUGUACCUUCUAUAUAUCGCUGUAAACUAUAUACUGCAGUCUGAAUGUUGUCAGUAGCGGCAUACCACAAGAUAGCCAAUAUUCCUAUAUAUUUGUAGAAAAUUAAUAAUUAAAAAUAUGUUUAUAUACCUUUUAGAUUAUUCUGGACCUCCUGACAAUUGUCUUACUACUUCAUCAUACUUUGAAAAUCCUAGUGAGUAAUUAUUAAACUAUAAUUAUAAUCAUAAUUUUUUUUAAAUAUCUUGUUUUCCUUAAAUAAAAUUGCUUUGUAAAACAAUCCAUAUCAAGAUUGUUUUACCAACUAUACUUUUUACAUUACUUAUUUAUUAUAUAAAUAUUACGUUUGUUUUUCAUUCUAUAUUUUCUCCGCAUUAUUCAAAUUUUUACCUUAUAAAUUAUUUAGCAAAACAAUAGUGUUAAGAAUAGGAAGGCUUCCAGUAGGCCAUCUGACCAGAAUAACACUAAAAAAAAAAAUAAUAUAGUACCUAAGAAACUAAUUACAUAAAAAAUUAUUAACUAAUAUACAAUACGUAUUUUAGAAGAAAAAUAUUUUAUCCUAACAGUAUUUGUACAGAAAAUAUAUCAUCAGAAAUUGGGUACGAACAUAUUUUUUUAGAAGCGUGUUUCGGUAGAAAAUAUCAAUAAAGGUGAUAACAAUGUUAUCUCGCAUCAUCUGUUAACCGCUGAAUAUUGGUUUCUCUACUAUGGAAUACUGUUAUAUAAUAUAGUCUUCAUUUUUUAAUACUCUAUGUUAAUUAUCUUUAUUACAGCCAUAGAUAUAAAUAUUUCCAUUAUCCAUACCCAUGUUGUGGCUUGCCUUUUUAACAGCUCGUUUUAUUUGUAUUUAAUACAACUAAUUUUCUAACUAAAUAUGUUUCUAAUUAAUUAUUUUUUGACAAAUUUAUUUUCGAACAAAAAACUUUCAGUAAAAUAUUUUUCUAGCACUUAUUUUUGAAUAAAAUGCUUUUCUAGUCAAAUAAUUUUUAUAAAUUUAUUUUCGAACAAAAUAUAGGUCACCUAAUAUAUUUUGUUAAAAAAAAAAAAACAAAGAGGAAAUAUGUUAAUAUUUAUAAUUUCUUUGCAUUACACAAGUGAUUUUCAUUAAAAACCAUAAAUUACGUGGUGCUGACUGAGUAAUGAGUACCAUGGAUUAGAUUAGAUAAAAUCACAACUUUUAUUAAUAAUUUUUAUUCAAACUUGAUUUUUUCAUUUGAACAAAUCUUUGAGUUGCUUUUCUGUUAAUUUAAAUUAUUUUUCAUUUAAGUUAUGAGUACUACUGGCGAUCGUACAUGGGGAUGGUUGGGUAGUACUGAACAAUUUGGAAGAGAUGCUGAAUCCAACGAGUUUGUAGUUAUACCUAAAUCACAAUUACACAAUGAUAAGUAUACGUCCUCAACUCAGGCUGCUCAUUGCAUAAUAUAUGCUGAAAAUGAAGAAAAAAUAUUUGGUAUUUACAAUGCUCGAGCAGCAGUUCUUGUAAGUCAUAACAUGAAGAAGUGUCUUUAUUUGCUUUCUUGGCGGGCAAAAUAACAAAACUUUUAGAGUCCCAACAGUACUUUGAUUCUAAUAAGACUUAAUAAAAAAAUAUAUAUUAAAUUAUAUUAACAUGAUAACUUUCACUGUUUAAUCGAGAAAUUAUUUGAUAUCUAAUUUCCAGACACAAUUCGUUCAUACUUGAAAAUUUUAUAAAGAUUUAAUUUUUUUUUUUUUACUUAAUAUAACUUUACAAAAAAUAUAUAGAAAAAAUUGCAUGAAAUAUUUAAUGUCAUAGUAAUUUAGGAAAAUAAUUUUUGUUAAUUUUUGAAGUCUAUUAGUUCUAUAGUAGAAAUUCUAAAAACUAAUUUUUACUACAUUGCCUGUUAAAAAAACAGAAAUAGCAAAUGCCACUAUAGGGUCUUCUCAAGAUGGAAAUGUUCUAAGUAUGUAUAAAUAGUGUAUAUUUUAUUUAUUUAUUAGAUGCAAUUAAGAUAUGAUGGUUAUUUGGGAUUUCCUGGUGGAUUAAUUGAUUCUGGUGAAGAUAUUAUAAAUGCUGUUAAUAGAGAAAUGUCUGAAGAAAUGAACUUAAAUACUUGUAUACAUUUAGUCAGUUAUGAUGACUACGUUAUAUCACAUUGGAGUGAAAAAAAAAAGAUAGCUUUACAUUUCUAUAAAUUAAAAGUUACUAUGCCUCAACUAAUUGAAAUUGAAAAACGUGCUUUACUUGCACGAGAUUAUGGAAGUGAAGUAAUUAUAUUUACUACCUAUAUCAUAUUAUAUAUAUUGAAUUAAAAACUUUUUUUAUACAAUUUAAAUAGGUGCUUGGUACAGUUAGGGUCCCUUUGUAUACAUUGGGUGACAAUUACCGCGGAUUUCCAGCAUUUUUGGAGCACAAAUUCAUCGGUUGUUCACGGGACCAACUUUUAGCGGCACUUUCUUCAUUAAAUAUUUUGACUGUUGAAGAAAUAAAUCUUGCUUUAAAUACAAAAAGUAGUAAAUUAUAAUGUAUUUAUUUAUGCGUAAUAUAAUAAUUAUUUUGUUUUUUUUAAAUUAAAUUCAAUAAUACAGUUUGAUGCUAAGGAUCAAAUGUCUUAAAUGAAACUGGAUGACAUUCUAAUGUAUUGAGGUUCAUUAAAACACAUGUUUGUGUUGAUGAGAAAGACGGCACGCUUAUUAGUCUUGUAGGGUUACCUAAAAAUAAAAUGUUUUUAAUUAAGGAAUAUGAUAAUUAUUACAUUUUUUCUAGUAUUAUAAUUAAAACACAAAUAUUACCAUUGACAUUUGUCUUUAACGAUGUUUUAAAUGACUGUUGAUUUGAUACAAAAAAAACAUCUGGCAUUUCUUUUAUUAUAAAUGGAUCUUGGCCUUCAAAUGGAUAACACGCUA